AUGGAGAAAGUAAACUUUUUGAUAGCUUUCCUGGGAUUAUUACUGGCGAUUUCGUAUCAUGUCUACGGAGCUCGAAUAUCUGUUAUAAAUGAAGAAAAAUUAUCUAAAGGGGGUCAAUGCGACCCCCAUGUGAACCCAUUCAAAACGACUUUCAUCCCUCAUCCCAGUGAUUGCUCCAAAUUCUUCAUGUGCCAAUUUGGCAGGAGCCAUGAAACCAAGUGCCCUGUUGGACUGCAUUUUAAUAUAGAGUCAUCCAAAUGUGAUUACCCCGCGCUUGCUAAAUGUAAAUUGAUCCCCAGCGGUUCAGCUGCACCACCAAUAUGUCCGAUGUUUGGUUUUGAAACGAAAGGAAUCCCGAAGAUUUGUUCAAAAUACAUUGAAUGUGUUCAUGGCCGCCCUUAUGUGAGAUCUUGUCCUGCGUCUCUUUUCUGGAGUGAAACGGGAAAACGUUGUGAUUACGCUCACAAAUCAGAGUGCAUGAAGGGCAACAGUGUGGUAUCACCCGGAGGAGACGAAAAUGAAGUGACUUAUACUCCCGAUUGUCCACAUGUGCUUGAUAAGGACUCAUUUGUUGCACAUCCAAGUGAUUGCACCAAAUACUUCCAAUGCUGGAAUGGAAAUGCUUUUGUUAGGCACUGCCCCUCAGGACUUCAUUGGAACGCUGUAACCAAUCGUUGUGACUGGCCUUUCAGAGCUAAUUGUUCGGAAACUACAUCAACAACUACAGCAACCGAACCUACUGACAAUCCUACAACUGAGUCGACUGGAUCACCUGUAAUAGAUACCACACAAGAACCCGGUGAAGAAACGACAACUGAUUCAUCAACCACUGAAAUAUCAACUUCUCCUCCUAAGCCACCAGCAACCGACGCUCCAGGAACUGAAACACCAGGAUCAGAGGCACCGGGAACUGAAACAACAGAAGAACCAGGAGUUGAUGCACCAGGAAUUGGGGAACCAGAAACUGAAGCACCAGAAACUGAAGCACCAGAAACAGAAACACCGGAGACUGAAGCACCAGAAACUGAAGCACCUGGAACAGAAGCCCCAGAAACAGAAGUACCAGGAACUGAAACUGAAAUACCCGGAACUGAAGCCACAGAAACAGAAGAACCAGAAACUGAAACACCUGAAACCGAAAGACCAGGAACUGCAGCACCUGGAACUGAAGCCCCAGAAACUGAAGCACCAGAAACGGAAGUAUCAGUACCUGAAGUACCAGCAACAGAACUACCAGAAACUGAAGCACCAGAAACUGAAGCACCAGGAACAGAUGCACCAGCAACUGAGGUUCCUACCUCGACAACUGACCCACGAAUAAACGUUUCUAUCCCUACCUUUUCAACUUCCCCUCCGCUUUCACAUCAAACAAACAGUCUCCUAAAAGCUCCACAA